AGGCUUUGUCUGUUGUUUCUAUACGUUCCUUCCCCCCUCUUUGUUUCUUCCCCCUUCUACGUAGAUAAAGCACUAUGUCUGUCUCUACUACGGUUUCCGUACCCGUAACGUUUCACCCUAAGACCUCUGAGUUGCUCAGUCAGCACACUGUUGUUGAGACUGCUCUUAACAGCGCCUCAGGUGCAGGUGCUGCUGCGGCCGAGAAAGCCCUUAUGGAAGUGGUCGACCUUUGCCAGGAAUAUUCCCACUCCUUUGAGCCUAUCGGUUUUGCCCUUCUACCUCAAAUCUUCCUCCUUCACGCUCACAAGAAGUCCCCUGUGGUGAAGGCCGCUAAAGCUGCUGCCGAUGCUAUCAUUGGGCUUGUCACUGAAGACCGAUCUGCCGUCGCAGUGGCUCUCGUGAAGGAUGUUGUCAUUGAUGGUAUUAAGUCUGAUAAGUAUCAGGCUCAGCAGGCUGCUCUCACCGCCCUUACGAGAAUCGUCAAGGUCUGCGGUGUUGCCUUGUCCAUGUACUUGGAUGAGAUUUUGCCCGUCGUCUGCACUGUUAUCCAUCACAUCAAGGCCCCUGUCAAACAGGCUGCUCGUGAAUGCCUCGAGGCUCUUUGCCUUACCAACGGCAAUCGCGAUAUUCAGCCUUUUGUCCCUACUUUAGUUUCCGCUCUCAUCAACGCUAACGAGCUCUCUGAGGCUAUCCACUCUUUGGGUGCUACUACCUUUGUCCAGCAAGUCGAGUUGCCUCCUCUUGCCGUUAUUGAGCCCCUUCUGGUCCGUGCCUUGAAGGAUACCUCAACCAAGACUGACAUCAAGCGUAAGGUGUUCGUCAUUGUCGACAACAUGUGCAAGUUGAUCGAUGAUCCCUCGCAUUGCCGCCCUUUCGAGGGAUGCUUGCUUGAGCUCCUCGACAAGGCCCGUGAUGAAGUUUCCGAUCCUGAGGCUCGGGAUGUCGCUACUCGGGCUUAUCGCACUCUCAAGAGAUUAUCCGAGACCGCUGCUGACAACGCUCAAAAGGCUGUCACUUUGGACGAGGAGAUCGUUGCCGCUACUGUUCGUGGUGUCUUGGUUAGUACUGCCCCUGCAUUCCUUGAGGAUGUCUCUUACUGCAGCUUCAAGGCUUUCUGCACCGUUGCUCAGCAUCUAGCUAAGUCAAACGAGUGGUCUGAUGAGAAGUGGGUUUCCUGCCUCAACGAGUAUCUAUCUCUCUUCACUGAGGAUUCUGAGACUGGUGUCGUUGAUGUGAGGGAUGCUCUUAAGGAGCGUCGAGAGGAAGAGGCUUCUAAGAAGAACAAGGCUCCUGCUGAGGACGAGGAAGAGGAGGGUGAGGACUUGUGUAACUGUGAGUUCUCCCUUGCUUACGGUGCUAUGACACUGCUUGUCAAUACCCGUCUCCACUUAAAGCGUGGUCAUCGUUACGGUAUUGUUGGUCCCAAUGGUGUUGGUAAGUCAACUCUUCUCAAGGCUAUCGGUAAUAAUCAGGUCGAAGGUUUCCCCCCACCGGAGGAGCUUAGGACUGUCUAUCUUGCUCACGAUAUCGAUGGUGAGAUGGGUGACAUUACCAGUAUCGAGUACCUCAUGGGCUCUGAGGCUGUCCAAGAGGUCGGCAACGGUGAUCGUGAGACUUGUGUUGCCAAGUUGGAGGAGCUCGAUUUCACCAAGGAACUUCAGAGGAAGAAGGUCUCUGAGCUCUCUGGUGGUUGGAAGAUGAAGUUGUCUCUUGCUGAGGCCAUGCUCCGUAAGGCUGAUAUCCUUAUGCUUGAUGAGCCUACCAAUCAUCUUGAUGUUGGUAACGUUGCGUGGAUCGAGAACUACCUCAACAGCUUGGACAAUGUCACUUGCAUGAUUGUAUCCCAUGACAGUGGCUUCCUUGAUAACGUCGCUACCAACAUCAUCCACUACGAGGACAGGAAGUUGGUCUCCUAUAAGGGUAACCUUUCUGAGUUCAUCAAGUGUAAGCCUGAGGCCAAGGCCUACUACGACCUUGGUGAGGUGGUUGAUGAGUGGACUCUCCCUAACCCUGGAUAUCUUGAUGGAGUCAAGACUAAGGGUAAGGCCAUCCUCAAGAUGACCAACGUGUCCUUCCAGUAUCCUGGUGCUGAGAAGAAGCAGAUCGAUAACAUCACUUUGGGUGUCUCUUUGGGUUCUAGAGUUGCCGUUAUUGGUCCUAAUGGUGCUGGCAAGUCCACUUGCAUCAAGUUGCUCACUGGUGAACUCAAGCCUAGCUCUGGAAUAGUGUGGAAGCAUCAGAACAUGCGUCUGGCCUAUCUCGCUCAGCAUGCCUUCCAUCAUAUUGAGGACAAGCUCGAUCUCACCCCCGUCCAGUACAUCCUUCAGCGUUAUGAGGGUGGUAUUGAUAAGGAGGAUGUCACCAAGGUCGGACGUGAGACUACUGAGGAGGAAGAGGCUCUCCAGAAGUCCAAGGUUGAGAUCAGCAUCGAGGGUGCCGGCAAAGAGAAGCGUGUCAUUGACCGUAUUGUCCAGCGCCGUAAGGCUAAGAACAACUACGAGUACUUGGUGAGGUGGCAGAAUAAGAGUGCGGAGGAUGACACUUGGAUGGAGCGCGAGAAGCUUAUGGCUUUGGGUUUCCGUGCCCAGAUCCUAAGGAUCGAUGAGCAGGAAGCUGUCAAGCUUGGACUCAUGCGCCCUCUUAUCACCUCUGAGGUCGAGAAGCAUCUGAAGAACCUCGGUCUCGACCCUGAGUUCGCUACUCAUAACCGUAUGAGAGGUCUCUCUGGUGGUCAGAAGGUCAAGGUUGUUCUCGCUGCUGCCACUUGGAAUCUUCCUCAUAUUAUCGUCUUGGAUGAGCCUACCAACUACCUCGAUCGUGAUUCCCAGGCUUCUCUUACUAAGGCCCUUAAUGAGUUCGAGGGUGGUGUGUUGAUUGUCUCGCAUAACAAGGACUUCACUGACCGUAUCUGCAAGGAGCAGUGGGUUCUUAGCGAGGGCAAAUUGAAGCGUGAGGGUGAGCUUGGUACUGAGAUUACCGAGAAGCAAGAGGAUAAGACCGCUGAUGAUGAUUUGUACGACUCCAUGGGCAACAAGAUUGAGAAGAAGAAGAAGUUGACUCCGAAGCAGAUCAAGCAGAAGAAGAAGGAUCGUCUGAAGAGGUGGAAGGCUGGCGAAGAGCUCUCUGAGUGGUCUGGUGAUGAAUUGUUCUAAACUGUCCAUCUCCCUUGUGUAGUGAAGAGUUUGUACGUUCUACAACUGUAGUAGUACAGUACAGGAGUGCAACACUCGCGCAAGUGUCUAUAUUUUCCGAAUUGUGUGUAAAACUGAAGGAAUCGUUCUACACUGAAUUCAUUACUGAUGUAUCAAGAUCUCCUUUCGAGGACGUUCAAUACGAAGCAGCUGUAUAUUCGGCAUAUUUCUGCCGUCCACUUUUCCCUGCUCAGCUGCUGUGAAACAGACAGCUUUGUCAGCCACUACGUCGAACUAUUUACUACGGAUGA